ACCUGACAUGGUGAUCAGCUGUUUACAGUUUACAGCUCCCAGUUUUCGGUAAACAUUCUGCGAGUUGAUUUUGGUAUUCGUCCAUGCGGGAAGUUUUUGUCCAUGGUUUCGUUCACGAACAACUGCAAAUGUGUACUGGAGCCUGCAAUUAUUCAUCACUGAAAUUCUGCCGUUGUGUUUGGAUGACGGAUAGCAUCACCAAUACAAUGCGCUUAUGAAAAUUUAGAUUAAUAUUGUCGACGUGUCGUAGACAUUCUCCAGUCCAGGCUAUAUCGGUCAUCGUGUGGCUAUCGGCUAUACAUCCUUGCCUUGGCUUGUGUCAUCUCGCUGUAGUUUCGGGUUUGAAACUGGGCCAACCGUCGGUGCAUCUUCGAGCUUCGCUGGGAAGCUGCGUUGGAAUCCUGAUAAGACUUGGACAGUGAAUUAGCUCUCAUCCAAACUAAUGUCAUCUUUCUGAAGUACCUAUUCUGAUCAUAUUGGUCUGGAUCUUGUAAUUAUAUACAAUACUCGGUGACAGCGUACAGUUGUGAUUUUGGUUUCAAAGCAAUUUUUUUAGUUUUUACAGCUUUGUCAAGCCUUUGAGUUUGACUUUGUUGUUUAAUGUUGUUGGAGUUGGAGUGAAGUAAAUUUGGAACGAUGGCAUUUUUCAACAGACUGAGUCAGAGUGCAAGGAAUGUUGCUGGAACAACCGUCAGGGUAUCAACCCCAAUUCGUCACAAGGCCUCAGCCAGUGCUGCAGCACCUAAGCUGGUCCCUGAUGAAUACGACGGGCCUCUCGUCAAAACCCAGGUUCCCGGGCCCAAGACACAGGAACUCCUGCAAAGAAUGGACAACAUUACAAGGAACACAGGAACUAUCCAGCUAUUUGCAGACUAUAAAGCAAGCAAGGGGAAUUUUUUAGUAGAUGUCGAUGGCAAUCGCUACCUGGACUGCUUCAAUCAAAUCUCAUCCGUUCCUCUUGGGUACAACCAUCCAGCUCUUAUACAAGCUGUUUCAAGUCCAGAUCUCGCUACGUCAAUGAUAAACCGGUCAGCCCUUGGAGUCUUUCCACCUGGGGAAUAUCCUGGACGGAUGGAGGAAGCUCUGCUAUCUAUUGCACCCAAGGGUUUGGAAUGCGUUCAGACUAUGAUGUGCGGAUCGUGCUCAAAUGAGAACGCGCUCAAGCAAACUUUCCUACAAUAUAGGACCAAAGCCAGAGGAGGAGCGAUGCCAACACAGGAGGAAUAUGAUUCAGCCAUGCAUAAUCAGUUACCAGGUGCGCCAGAUCUUUCAAUCCUGUCAUUUAAUGGUGCUUUCCAUGGUAGAACUAUUGGGAUGCUGUCUUUGACCCACUCUAAACCAAUCCACAAGGUGGACAUUCCAUCCCUUGACUGGCCUGCAUCAGACUUCCCAGCUCUCAAGUAUCCACUACACCAGUAUGAACAGGAGAACAGGGUAGAGGAGGAUAGAUGCUUGCAGAUGGUGAGAGAUAAGAUAGCGGAGUAUGCAGCUAAAGGUAAACCUGUCGCCGCUUGCAUCGUGGAACCGGUCCAAGCUGAGGGAGGAGAUCACCAUGCUACGCCUUACUUCUUCAUUCAACUUCAGAAGAUCCUCAAAGAGGCUGGAGCAGCGUUUGUGGUGGAUGAAGUGCAGACGGGAGGAGGUAUAGCUGGGACUAUUUGGGCCCAUGAGCAGUGGAACCUGCCAGAGGCACCCGACGUCGUCACGUUUGCCAAGAAACUCAUCACGGGAGGCUACUACUACAAGCCAGAGUUUGCUCCUAAGCUGGCGUACCAGGUGUUCAAUACUUGGAUGGGGGAGCCCACCAAGUUGAUAAUGCUGGAAGCGAUCGUAGACACCAUCAAGAAGGACAAUCUCCUGGAAGUGGUCCAGAACUCUGGCAAGAUCAUCUUGAGCGGACUGGAGGAGCUGCAGGCCAAGUAUCCUCAGUUCCUGUCCAGGGCGAGAGGGAUGGGCACCUUCAUUGCUGUGGACCUCUCGUCUCCAGAGACUGCAGCUGAUAUCGUAACCAGAGGAAGGAAAGCAGGUUUCAUCUUGGGUACCUGUGGGAAGCAGUCUCUUCGUCUCCGCCCCGCCCUCAUCUUCCAGUCUCAGCACGCCGAGAUGUUACUGGACGAACUGGAUCACAUCCUGUCCGAGCUAUAGACAGUUCUGAUGUGGACAUCAUCUGCACAAAAACAAGGAUUGGGGAUAAAUAAAAAAAGGCCAAAGAGGAGAAAUGUUCUUUAUGAUCUUGAUGACAUCUUGUUAGAGAUGUUUCUGAUGUGGACAUCUAACAGUAUCAAACCAAGGAUUUGGGGUAGGGUUUGAGAAAAGGACAAAGAUGGGAGAGGUAACAUAUCCUUUCAGAUCUGUAGACUAUUCUGGUAGGGACAUCUUCAAUAUCAACCAAGGAUUUUGGGUAGGGAUUAAGAAAGAUGGGAGAUGUAACAGAUCCUGUCAGUAACAUACUUGAUUCUGAUGUGGACAUAUUCUAUAUCAAAACAAGGAUUGGGGUAGGGUUUAAGAAAAGGCCAAAGAUGGGCAAUGUUACAGAUUCUGUCAGAACCAGAGACGAUUCUGAUUUGGACAUUUGGAGUUUACCUCAUUUGCCUAUUCAUGACUUGGUAGAAGUUAGGGGUAUGGUUCAAAAGGGUGACACAACAUUUGCUCCUGCGACAAAUGCUCCCGAGACAAUUGCUCCUGCAACAAUCGCUCCGGGCUUUAUUUGCUCACGUGCCUGACACCAUGUGGUUGCUGAUUCCACUCCACUGAACUAUAUGUAGAUGACAAUAAGUUUUAUGUGCAUGUUCUGUAAUUGUUUUCUAAUGUAUUUUUUAUUAUUGUAUUCCAGGGCCUCUAAGUAUAACAGUGUUUGAACCACUGACAGAGUCACCCUGGUAAAAUAAGACGUAAUAAAUAAAUAAAUAAAUAAAUAUUUCAUCUAGAAUUAAGAGUUAGGGUUGGGGUUGCUAUAGGGUUUUAUGUUGAGAUUGGGGUUAGGCUUAGGAUAGGGUAUAGUGUUAAUCCAGGGUUGAAGCUAGUCAUCGGUAAGUGUGGAAUUUGUAGCAGAGCAAUCGUCCCCGGAGCAAAUGUCAUGGAACCCUCAGAGGAAGGCCGAUUUUUUGGAGGUUUUUGUGGUUUACUUCAGUUGCAUCCUGCUGGAGCUAUAGAUGAAUGAAAAGUUGUGUUUUCAAUAAGGGUUUAAAAGUAAGUGGUCAAGGGUCGAGACCGGAGAAGGCAUCAUCGCAAGAUAUCGCUGGAUAACUUUAAUAGCAUCAUGUCUGGGUUGUAAGACUGCUCUGAUGUGAAAUUCUUCUGUUUCCAAGAUGCUCAGAAUAAUGAAUGAUCGUUUGAUUUCCUUUUGAAAAGAAUGGAAUUCGCUCUUUUCGAAGAAAUAGGAUAAAAUCUAUAAAAAAAGGGGUCAUGUAAUACAUUCUGGGUGUGUGUUAUUCCAUUGGGGAAUGUAAAAAGAAUUUCAUAUAUUCAAAAGCUGAAAUCACAUACUCCAACUGCACAUCUGUAAGUCAAAUGAAUGCAAACAUGGUUGAUAUUACUCUAUUUUCAUAUACAGUAUCAUCGAUACAUGUAAAAAUUUUUUGAUGCAGUGAAAAUAUUUUUUGUAGAUAGAAUAUAAAAUGCAUAUAAAGAAAAAAAAAAGUACUAUGUAAGCUUUAUGCACUUCUAUCCAUGAAAGCAGAUGAAAUCAUGAAAAUAUUGAAUUAAACUUGAUGAAAUGCAAAGGUGUAAAAAAAAGCCAACAUUUCUUUCUUAGUGACUAUUAGUAGUGCAUAUAUUACCUGAAUAAAAUCGUUAUACAGUAUAGAUGGUUUUCAAAUUGAUUGUGGAGAAAUGGCAAUGGGAACCUGCAUUUGUGGUAUCGAUCUCAAAAUGAGUUUGAACAAAAUCCAAUGAAAUGACCACCCAAGUGAUUGUAUGUAUAAUUU